AUGACGUCGGACCUGCUUGCCGGCUUCCCGGCAAACGCACCUCCCAAUCCCAAGACCAAACUUCGAUUCGCAGAUGUCGCAGUAACAGCAACAGCAAAAGAUUUCGCCGGCUUCUACAGAGGCAAACAAUACCACCAGCCAGACUUUGACGCCGUCCUCGACCGCGCCUCGGCCGCGGGCGUCGACAAGGUGAUGCUCACGGGCAUGUCCCUCAGCGACGCGGCCACGAACCUCUCCAUUGCCAGAUCGCGGCCGGCUGGGACGUGUUUCGUAACGAUUGGCAUCCAUCCGUAUCACGCCGCGGAGCCUGAUGCUGAAGAGGAUGGCGGCGAGGAAGGUCAUUUCAAAAAGUUAGCGGAGGUCGUCCGCGAAACGUUGAGCUCCGCAUCGGAAGGCAACAUAUCGCCGUUGGCUGCGUUUGGCGAGUUGGGGCUGGACUAUGACCGCCUGAACCACCGGCAGUUGGACCUGUUUGUUGAGGAAAAGUUGGAUUUGCCCCUGUUUCUCCAUUGCCGCUCUGCGUACGAUGACUUCGUGGAGAUCAUCAAGCCAUACCUCUCUAAUCUCCCCCGCCGCGGGCUGGUACACUCCUUUGUGGGCACCUCGGCUCAGAUGAGAACCCUGGUGGAGCUCGGCUUCGACGUCAGCGUCAACGGCUUCAGCUUUCAGGUCAGGGAAAGCCUGGAGAUGGUGGGUGAUAUCCCGCUGGAGCACUUGCAAAUCGAGACGGAUGCGCCGUGGGGUGAGAUACCGGCGGGUUCGGAGAUCGCGAAGAGGUAUCUUGGUAACGCGUCGGCUUUGCCGCAGAGCAAGAAGAAGGACAAGUUCGAGUUGGGGCUUAUGGUGAAGGGGAGGAAUGAGAGUUGUACUAUGGAUAGGGUGGCUUUUGUCGUGGCAGGGUUGAAGGGAUUGAGUGUGGAUGAGGUUGCUGACGCGGCUUGGAGAAACAGUGUCAAGAUGUUUGGGUUCGGCGAAAGCUAA